ACCGCCAGCUUACACUGGGAUCUGUAAUGACAUGUAGUACUUUCACCUGCGGCCACCUGUUACAGGUGUGUGUGUAUCAAACACUAAAAUACCAUGGGCAUUUUAUCUUGAACGACUAAAGAUGGAAUCUUCUAGCAGCAUCUCUGUCUACGCCGUGAAUGGAACCCGGGCCGGCCUGAGUAGCCAGGACUCGGGGUAUAACAUCCACACAACAGUCUCGGCCAUGGCUAGCAGCCUGACCAACACCUACACCAACAACCAGUCCAUCAACGUCUCCCUGACGCCGGACACCGACGGGCUAGAAGACCACGGCGUGGAGCAGAACUUGAUGUUCUACACGGACGAGGUGGAGAAGCUGAUGAAACCCUGGCUGACCGACCCCCACCUCAUCCCCACCAUCUCCGUCUACGGCGUCGCCUUCAUCCUGGGCCUUAUAGGAAACUCGCUGGUGAUCUUUGCCAUGCUAGGCGACAGGAAAUCACGGAGCGUGACGGCGUCCUUCAUGGUGAGUCUAGCCGUGGCUGACCUUCUGUUCCUGCUCAUCUGUGUGCCCUACGAGGUCGUGCGAAUGUUGAUUGCCUACUGGGACAGUGGCUCGGCCCUCUGCAAGUUGUCGGGUACGGUGGAGAUGUUGUCGGCCCUAGCCUCAGUGCUGAACCUCAUUGCUGUCAGUGUGGAGAGGUAUAUCGUCAUCGUCCACCCUAUGAAGGCCAGAUCCUGGUGUACUGUGGAGAACACGAAGACGAUGUUGCCCUGUGUGUGGGUGGUCGCCCUUGUCCUGUCUUCACCGACACUCUACGUAUGGGACACCGAGAAGAACCUGUGGUACAACAACCGCACGCAGGUGGUGCUGGUGCUGUGUGCUGAUGUCGGCGUCCCCGACAACCACCGCCUGAUCUACUCCGUCUACCAGCUGCUCAUCAUGUUCGUCCUCCCCGUCGUCGUUCUCUUCUUCUGCUACUUCUUCGUCAUACACGCCCUGUGGCUGUCUUCCCGGAAGUUGAUGCAGAUGACGUCACACGACAGUGGUUACAACACAGUUUCGACGAUCGAAGAUGGCGGCCAGUGCACGCCCCCUACAGCAGAUGGCGCACACGGACAGUCCCCCUGCUCCCAGCGACACUCACACAUCCGGUCUAGGCGGAGCAUGCUCAACAAGGCCACACGGGAGCACAGUGCUGAGGUGUUUCGUGCGAGAAAACAGGUCAUCAAGAUGCUGAUUACCAUCAUCCUAGUUUUCCUGUUGUGCUGGGGCCCGAAGUUGGUGUUUAUAGUGCUACAGAAGAUCGGCUUUAGCUGGGUCUAUCACCAGUCGGUGUUCUUUGCCAAGAUUGCCAUCUUCGGCCUCCCUUUCAUCCACUCCUGCAUCAACCCCAUCAUCUACGCCAUCAUGUCAAAGAACUUCCGCACCCGGAUGAAGGUGGCCUGCAAGGCUUACGUCUACAGGAAAACCCACCCCAGCGUCCAUCUCGGGAAACGCCUGCUCGCCGGCUCCGACCUUGAACUUGACACCCGCUCGACCAACGGCACCGUGCACACGAAGAUCAGCCUGCGUCAGGGCAGCAGCAGUCAGUCGGACACCUGA